CUCGCGAAUGGAGUUCCCAUCGGCGCGCCGCAUCAGGCGCUCGCCGCCGCCGCCGCCGCCGGCGGAUGCAGCAGGCUCCGGUGGUGGCCCUGACGGAGGCGACCGCAUCAGCGCGCUCCCGGAGGACAUGCUCCUCCAGAUCCUCGGGCGGCUGGGCUGCGCCCGCGCCGCCGCGCGCACCAGCGUCCUCGCGCGCCGGUGGCGCGGCCUCUGGGCGCGCCUCCCCGGGCUCACCUUCCGCGACGUCCCCGCCGGGGUGGUCAGGGAGGCGCUCGCCUGCGUCGCGAGGCCAAGUCGUCCACGAAGCCCGUCUUCCCCUCCGCUUCGGGGCGUGUCCGUCCUCGACAUCCGUCUCGCGAGGAGCGCGCUGCGCGAGGCGGCCAAGCACGACGACGCCCAGGCCAAGUCGCUGCUGCUCGCCGUCGCCGCCAAGCGGAUCUCGCCCAAGGAGCUCGUCUUCUUCCCCCCGCGGUCUUACGUAGUUAAGCCGGGCCGUCGUGUCGAAAUCGCCAUGCCUCGCUUCCUCCGGACCACCUCCAUCGAGCUGGACGCCCAUUUACUUCGCAUCAAGCUGGCGGACGCUGAGCUCCCCGCGCUGGAGAGGCUGUCACUCUCUGGCAACAUCGUUGACCUUGCAGCCUUUCUCAACCGCUGCCCGCGGUUGCGGGUGCUGAGGGUCACCUACCGUGAGGUCGAGCCCAGCUUGCUCGAAGCGGCCCUUGUCGCGCUCGAGGUUCCUGUGGAGCUCGGCCUUAUUGUGUCCCUCCUCGGCAUCGAGUUCGGCCACGCUCAUGGGAACUACGAUGUUGAAGACGCUCAGUUUGCAUCCAUUCUCCAUGCCGCGGCGAGGCUCUCCCCGCGGGAGCUUGUCUUCAUCAACAACUUCCGCAGAUGCCUUAGUGCCGACCUGCCCUGCUUCCGUAAUGCCACAUCGAUUGCGAUGACGUUGCGGUUUGUCUGUUUCACACGGCUAAUGUCGGCUGACCGGUUCUCGGCACUUGAGAGGUUGUCUCUCGUGGGUUGCACCGUCCUCGACCUUGCCACCAUAGUCAACCGAUGCCCAUGUCUGCGUGUGCUUAUGGUGAAAGCUCAUAGGUCUGCACAUGAUUUUACAAUGCGCUCUGUGUCGCUGCAAGCGCUUGAGCUUGGUGUCCACGAAACGGAAUGUAAGGGCAUCAAGAUCGCGACUCCGAUAUUUGAGCAACUGAAGCUUAGUGUUCAUGCAAGCUCGGACCUCAGCGUCUCUGUCUCGGCGCCAAUGUUGGAGAAGGUCUCAUGGAGGUAUAUAUAUACAAAGUCGGCUCUUGUGUUUGAUUUAUGGUUUCUUCAGAAAAUGGAGGUCGACACGACAGAGGACUACAAAUAUAAAGAUGGGGAGGUCAUCAAUGAAGGCAAAGAUGCAUGUCCGCAGCCCCUUCGUGUUCAUGUCCUAUCUUUGCACAUAAUUGCUCAUAAUAUUGGUUCAGAACUAAACUUUGCGCGGGAGAUGGAGAAACUUCUAGUCACCAACUUUAUAGUCUUGGAGCUACAUCUCAAUGCAAAGAGGCAUGCUAUAGCAGCAUUUGUGUUGUAUUUUCUUAGCAUGCAUCAAAUUAGAACUACUACACAAAGUCUUAAGAUUGUCUUACCGAGGUGGUCUGAGAUGUCAAAAUGUCUAAAAAAGUGUCCUUGCAAUGGGCCCAAGAACUGGAGGAGCCAAACUAUCUCCUUGAUACAUCUUGAAGAAGUGGAAAUUAACAACUUCAGAGGAGGGGAUCAUGAGAUGGAUUUCGUGACACUGAUGUUCAGUUGGGCGCCAAAUCUUAAAAGAAUGACCAUCAGGCUGAUGUCAGGGAUGAAACCAAAUGACAUUGGAGGAUACGCCAUGAGUAUCUACAAUAUAUGUUUGGUCUAUCCUUCAGUGAACUUCUGUGUUUAUCUUAGCUCUGGUGAACUGGUACCAUGCUCCUCAAAGCAAUAUGAUUGUGCCAGAGUGGUUAUCGGGCAUAAUUAAAUCAUGUAGGCUUUGGUUUUUUUCAAAAAAAGAAAAAACUCCUAGGUGAAAUGAGAAUCUUUUCCAUAAGGGGGAUGCAAGUUGUGUAUUGGGUUUUAUCUCGCGCUUAAUGUGGAACCUAUUACCUGUAGUACUCCAUUGAAUGUUUUUGUAUGGGAGGUGCAACUAUUGUUAACUCUUUA